UCGUUACAGGUGAAUGAAUCAGACCCAGAGUACGGAGAAAUAAAAUCAUUGUUCCUUCAAAGUCAGCAGAACGUUGAUAUUACGUCAAUAGACAGGAUAGAAAAUGGUGAUUUGUGGGAGAACUAUAUGAUGAAGAAAUCCAAAAUGUUGAAAAAGAAAAAUGAAGGACAACUCGGAGAAAAAAGAGUAUUCCAUGACACAAUGAACAAAAAUAUACCUGCUAUUUGUAAGCAAGGGUUUGACUCCAGGCUCAAUGAUCAGACAACAGUAUACGGAAAAGGCUGCUAUUUUGCGACUUAUUCAAGCUACUCUGAUAGCUAUGCUGAGUGUGGUGCGGAAAAAUCCAUGUUUGUUGCAAAAAUUUUGCCAGGAGAAUACGUAUGCGGAAACUCUUCUUAUUGUCGCCCUCCACAUAAAGACGCAUCAGAUCCAACCAGCGACCUCUACGACUCAUGUGUAGAUAACGUGUUGAAUCCAUCGAUCUUCGUGAUAUUUGACAACAACCAGACAUAUCCAGAAUUCCUGAUUCGAUAUACAGAAUGAAGUAAUACUUUGUUUUGAGAUGUAAUCUUUUCAUUUUCGGAUGGAUCAAUAUUGCCUUUUUUGAAAAAAGGACUUAAAACUGUUCAAACGGUUUAUGUUUAAGAACUGUAUAUAUUUAUAUGUUGUUUUUUUAUGUUAAUGAUUUACUGAGUUGAUUUUUUUCUUCUUUUAUCUUUUGUAACCGUCAGUGUGUUUCUUUUAUUUGUCAAAAACAUUGUUUUCGUUUUUUAUGUUUUUAAAAAUUAAUUAUUUAAAAACAAAAGAAAUUAUAUGUGCAGUGCAUUUUGCGCUUGUGUGAAAUCUUACUAAUCAGUGUACUUUCAGUAUUAACCACAAACAAAACAUAAAUAACAAAAGGAUAAAUACAAUGAACCUUCUUUUAUGAGAUAUCUCAAACGGCGUUUUUGAAGUCGUCAAAGUAAUCUUAGAUGUACGUUUUCGUUAGCUCAUCCAUACAGUCAUUCGCGCAGACAUUUGUAUUGUUGUUUCAAUAAUGUGUAGAAUAUGCUAUAUAAUAAAAGAAUUUAAUCUCAGCAUACCAUGAGUAUUUUUCUUCCUUUUUGCUUGAUAAAUGCGUGUUUUAGUCGUUAAAUUUUCAAGUGAAUGUUUUCAACCUCCCUUACACCAACAGUUAACAUACAGUAAUUGUUAUUUUAAUUGUAGUAUGAAAUAUGUAACCAAUAA